AUGGAUGGGCAACUCGUGUACUUCAUGCAAACCUCUCGAUUACCUUCAGGUGUUUGUAGCGAGAUAGACAAAAUUGUUCACCAAUUCAUUUGGGGCUCGACCACUACUACUAGGAAGACUCCUCUCGUUAAUUGGGAUGUGCUCUGUCAACCAAUCGAUAGGGUUGGUCUCGACGUUGACCGUUCUUAUAACCAUAACACCGCCUUCCUCUGGAAAUAUGGAUACGCUUUGGUGGUCAUGCCGAACGCCAUGUGGAUCCAAAUGCUUCGCCAAAAAUACCGAAUGACCGACCUUUGCCCCGAGUCCAUUGCCAGGUCUUGCUACUCACCAAUGUGGAGAGAUUUAUCCAACACUUGGGAUUUGUUUCGCAUGAACAUUCUUUGGCUUCCAAGUAGAGAUGUACAUAGCCGGAUUUAA